AAGAGCAAAGAUAUAUUUUUUGGGGUAUUCAUUGCAAGUUAAUUUGCACUAAAAUUAAAUUAGUAAUUAAUUUAGGAAUUACGUAAAUUGCUGUCUUCUGGCAUAUAAAUAAUAAUCAAUUGUCAAAUUAUAAUAAAGAAUUGUCAACUCGGUUCUCCGCACUGUUCGAAAAGCUCAACUUUCACUCAUCCCCCGCCCCCCUCGUCGACAAAUGGCACAAACAGAAGGUCAAGGUCAAGGUCAAGGCCAGUAUAAUACCGCCUACACUCCUGCAUAUCCAACCCAGGGUGGCGUGUACGGCGCUUAUAGUGGUGGCGUCUACGCUGGUGGUCCAUACGCUGGGAUGAGGGAUCCCGCCGCGGCGGAGAGGAUGGAUCAAAAUCGACAAAGAAACCGGAAGAUGAUAAUCUGCGUGAUAGUCUCCUUGGUGUGCAUCUUUUUUGUCCUUCCACUCAUUCUGUUUUUUAUAUUCUUCUUUGGAAUGGUGGCAGUAAGCUCUAACAAUAAGUCGUCUUAUCCUCGGAAUCCAUCACCUUACGCUAGUCGUGAUUAUCUGGGUGUACUUAUCUUGGCACAACCCAUCUUAUCUUGACAUGACCGGACUUUUUUGUAAUAUGAGGAAGAACAUUUUAUGUAAUCUGAAUAAUUCUUGUAAAACUGGUUGCGAAAAUUUAAAUGUGUAAGUAAUAAUUGUAAUUGAAAUUUUGACGAGUAAAAUUACGCCAGAAAGUAAAAUACGUACAAAUUACGCGACAAAAUAGACGGACUAAAAUAAUAAUUAAGUUGCGUUAUUGUCAAAUUUAAUGAAAUUUUGACGAGCAAAAUUACACUUGCACAAAAAUAACAAUUAAGUUGUUAUUUUCAAAUUUCAUGAAAUUAUAACGAAUAAAAUUACGCCGGCACAAAAUUCGCAUAAAAAUAACAAUUAAGUUUGGUCGUUUUCAAAUGUCAAGAAAUUUUGAAGAGCUAAAUUACACAAGAAAGAAUAAAAUGCGCACAAAUUACGCCACAAAAAUAUACGGAUAAACAGUAAAUUUCGUUAUUAUCUGAUUUUUAUUUUCUAAAUAUCAUAAAAUAAACUCUGGGCCGUAAAAUAGCCUAAAUUUGCUCAGAUUCAGUUUUUCCUAUGGAAGGUUUCCUAACCAAAAUAAAAUUUGUCAUGAAUUUCUUCCAUCCUAAAUAUUUUACAGUGGAAUAUUUCCAUGUUUUUUCCACGGAUUUGUCAAUUUCUUGUUGGCUAGAGCAUCCAAAUCUUAACAAAUUCUCCCCCGUGUGGCUCUCGGCUCGAUGAUGUC